CUCAAUACCUCUUCAGAAAUAUCCAACACAAUGUGAUACUUCUCUGUUUUUAUCUCCAUCUGCAAUAAAAACAUUAAGACGACGGGGGAAGGUACGGUGCAGUGAUGUAGAUGAAAGGUGUUUAAUGUGUCGGGGUGGUCAUAGUGGAUGGCGAGUCAGGUAGAGGGUCACGUGUAUUUGUUUGGAGCAGGAAACAGACGCGGCUGGAGUGUCGUCCUAAACGAAGACGCGGCUCACGGAGAGCCAAGAACCCACACCAGUCCCGGAUUUGAAUGACCGUAACAUGAUUUUGAGAAGGACUGCAACGUGCAUUGAAAGCGGGACGUUACUUUUUUCCUGUCAUGUGUCAAAGUCAAAUUAAGGAAUUUGUUAGGCAUACAGCUGCUGCUAGCUUGCUAGCGGGCUAGCUAGCGCAGCAGCCUGUACACCCGAGCUGAGCUAUCCUCUGUUAGCCAAUAGCUUUCUGAUUCAACCAGCUCCGUUCUCUUCGGGCAACUAAGACGACGGAUUGAUAUUAGUAAGAUAUUUAUCUUGACAGCCGGCUACACGGUUGCCUAAAGUGAAGGGCGUCAUGGAGCUGUUCCAAGCCAAAGACCAUUACAUCCUUCAGAGCGGCGACAGGGCUCUGUGGUGCAGCCGACAAGAUGGGACCAUGAGCGUCAGACCUGCAACUGACCUACUUUUAGCUUGGAACCCAGUGUGUCUGGGUCUAGUGGAAGGAAUCAUUGGAAAGAUACAACUUCACACAGAUCUUCCUCUCGGCCUGGUGUUAAUCCGGCAGAAAGCAUUGGUUGGCAGGUUGCCUGGUAAUCACAAAGUAUACAAGAUCACCAAGAUCGCGGUCAUUCCUCUAUCCGAUGAGGAUCCCCAGGAGCUCGAGUUAGAGCUCUGCAAGAAGCAUCACUUCGGCAUCGACAGGCCAGAGAAGCUGGCCAUGUCUCCGGACGACUCCAAGUUCCUCAUGAAAACCUUAACGCAAAUCAAGUCCAAUGUGGCCGUGCCCAUCAAGAAAAAGUACGCCCCUGCCUUCCAGGUGAAGGAGAGCAAGGAGCGGGAGCGCAUGGAGCGGCGUCUGCUGGACGAGCUGUACAAGGUGUUCAUGGACUCGGACUCCUUCUACUACAGCAUGACCUACGACCUCACCAACACCGUUCAGAGGCAGGGCGACUCCGGCAAGUCCGACCUGCCCCUCUGGAAACAGGUCGAUGAUCGGUUCUUCUGGAACAAACACAUGAUUCAGGAGCUGAUUGACCUCCAGGACCCCGCGGCAGACUUCUGGGUGACGCCGGUCAUCCAGGGCUUCGUCCAGGUGGAGGAGCUGGUGGUGAACUACAGCGAGAGCCCCGACGAGGAGCGCAGCAGCCCCGAGACCCCCCCCCAGGAGCUCACCUGCGUGGACGACAUCUACCCCCGCUUCACCGUGGCCCUCAUCUCUCGCCGCAGCCGCCACCGCGCAGGCAUGCGCUACAAGCGUCGCGGCGUGGACACGGACGGCCAUGUGGCCAACUACGUGGAGACGGAGCAGCUGAUCCACGUGCACAGCCACACGCUGUCCUUCGUGCAGAGCCGCGGCUCGGUGCCCGUCUUCUGGAGCCAGGCGGGAUACCGCUACAACCCCCGGCCGCGCCUGGAGAAAGGGGAGAAGGAGACGGUUCCUUUUUUUGCUUCCCAUUUUGAUGAGCAGCUAAGAAUUUACCAGAAACAGGUCAUCAUCAAUUUGGUGGACCAAGGCGGGCGUGAAAAGAUAAUCGGCGAUUCCUAUCUGAAACAAGUCCUCCUUUACAACAACCCAAACCUCACAUAUGUCUCCUUCGACUUCCACGAGCACUGCCGUGGUAUGAAGUUUGAGAAUGUGCAAGUACUGACGGAUGCCAUCUCUGACAUCAUCACGGACAUGAGAUGGGGCUGGGUGGACCAGGCGGGCGUGAUUUGCCAGCAGGACGGGAUCUUCCGGGUCAACUGUAUGGACUGUCUGGACCGGACCAACGUGGUGCAGGCUGCCAUCGCCCGGGCCGUGAUGGAGCAGCAGCUGAAGAAGCUAGGGGUGAUGCCUCCCGAGCAGCCGCUCCCCCCCAAGUGCUACAGGAUCUACCAGGUCAUGUGGGCCAACAACGGAGACACCAUCAGCCGGCAGUACGCCGGGACGGCGGCCCUCAAGGGGGACUUCACCAGGACCGGCGAGCGCAGGCUGGCAGGCGUGAUGAAGGACGGCGUGAACUCGGCCAACCGCUACUAUCUCAACCGCUUCCGGGACGCGUACAGACAAGCAGUUAUCGAUCUGAUGAUGGGCCUGCCGGUCACAGAGGACCUGUACUCCAUCUUCAGCAAGGAGAAGGAGCACGAGGAGAAGGAGCAGGAGAGCCAGAGGGGAGCGCAGGAGCAGGUCAGCCUGCUGCUGCAGACCUACAUGCAGCUGCUGCUGCCCGACGACGAGAAGUUCCACGGGGGCUGGGCGCUCAUCAACUGUGACAUGAGCAUUAUUGAUGCCACCAACAAAGAUGUUGAUGUCCUGCUUCUACUGUCCAACAAUGCCUACUACAUUGCUUACUAUGAUGAAGAGGCCGACAAAGUCAACCAGUACCAGCGCCUUAAUUUAGAGGGAAUGGAGAAGAUUGAGAUUGGUCCAGAGCCCACGCUGUUCGGGAAGCCCAAGUACUGCUGCAUGCGUCUGCACUACAGGAACGAGGAGACCAGCGGCUACUUCCACACGUUACGGGCGGCCACGCGCAACCCGGAGGACGACGGCAAAGACACACUCCAAUGCAUAGCUGAGAUGCUGCGCAUUACCAAAGAAGCCCUGGGUCUGGACCUGCUGGUGGUGGAGAAGAGGCUGGAGAGACGGCAGAGUAAACCUCACGAGGACAUCAUGGGGAUCCAGAACCGUGGCGGGGAGCCGGCGCAGGGGGCCUCGGGGCUCGCCCAGGGCAAGAGCUUCCUCCUCAACAAGUUCUCGUCGCUCAACCAGAAGGUGAAGCAGACCCGGACCAACAUGGGCCCCUUCAAGCCCCUGGGCCGGCUGAGCACCUUCUCCAAGCCCGACGUCAAGACCAACUACCUGACGCCCACCAUGCACGUCAACCUGUGGAAGUCGGACAGCAGCCUGGAGACGUCGGACGCCGCCGCCGCCGGGCCGAAGGACCCCGGGGGGGCGGACCCCGACUCGGAGAUCUCCUCGGACUCGGACUCGUACACCUCGGACCCGGAGCGCGUGUGCGCCGGCUCCCUGGAGAACGUGGACUACGUGCUGCCCAGCUGUGGCAUCGUGGUGUCCAACCCGCGCCUCGGCGGCCGCUCCCAGUCGGUGGAGCUCAACGUGGCCGCCGCCGCCGCCGCCGUCCGGGUCACGGGCGGCGGCGGCGGGAAGCCGGUCAGCCCCGCCCCCCCGGCCGCGCCGGUCGCCGCCGACGACGACUCGCCGGGCUCCGCCUCGGUGGCGGAGGAGGCCAUCCUCAUCGACUUCGGGACGCCCGUCGACGCCUACUGCCACCAGUUCGCCCAGGACGCCCAGACCAAGCCCGUGGAGGUGUUCGGCGAGGUCAAGGCCGCUGCCGCCGCCGCCCCUCCUCCUCCCGAUGACCCCGCCGGCCCCCCGCCGCCUCCCGGCCCCGCCGACCCCGCCGCCGACGACGGGCGGGCGGACGCGGAGCCGCCGCCCCCCCCCGAGCUCCAGCUCCCCCGGCCGUCCCAGCUGGACGUCCACACCACUACCUCCGCCCCCGGCCUGCUGACCGUCCACAAGCCCAGCUCGGCCGCCUCGGGGGGGUCCCAGCGGAGCCUCUCGUCCCAGGUGGAGGGCAGCCUGGGGCCCUCGCCCAACGACGGCAACGGCAGCCGGGUGGUGUCCCCCUUCGCCAAGAUCAAGAGCUCCAUGGUCCAGGUGGCCAGCCUCACGCAGGCCGGCCUCACCCAGGGGAUCAACUUCGCCGUGGCCAAGGUGCAGAAGAGCCCGGAGCCCGACGUGGUCAACGAGGCCCUGGAGAGCGAGCUCAGGGCCAUGUUUACGCAGUGCCAGACACGGAUCAUCCAGAUCUAGCGCUGGUCCCAGGUCUCAGCAGGAUUUGUAGUGGUAGUAGUGACGUGUACACAGACUUAUGGUAGCAGUAGCCUAAGCUUGCACAAAGGGCCUCAUCUUCGUCAGGAACCUCGCUUUUAAAUAUCGGCCCUUUUAGUUCCGUCCGUCGGACGUUUGCUGUCGACUCUCGCACAGGAGAUGCAUCACGUUACUCUGGCGCCGUUAUGUUUACAUGCACAAUAUAUCAUGCUAUUACUGCUUCUUUGAGCUCACUGGAAAUCAUUCCAUUAAUCUUCCGCGUAAUAUUCCGUUCAUAGCUUCCUUGUAUGUAUUGUACAUUUAAAUGUAUUUCUUACCAAAUAACUGAUAUUUAUACAGAAAGAUUCAGAGGAAAUGUGAUAGACUUUUAAAGAGAAUACAAAGCAAUAGUUUUGUACUAUGUUAAGAAAGGUGGAUAUAUAUGUAUGUUUAUAACCCAGAUGGAUAGCGGAUAAAUCUAUAUAUUGAAUUGAUAAACGUUUUAUGAGUGUUCAACAGGAAUACACAAUGAUGGAGAGCAGACCAAGUGAUUAGACUGAAUUUGAGUGUUCAUGCCAGAAAAGAUAAUGUGGUUUACUAUGCUUAUGUACGGCUUACAAUCCAACAGGAGCCAUAAGGAUGCAGUAUUGGUGUGCAUGUAAACAUAUCGGUCUUCGGGAAAUAUCCAACUAAAGUCCUACGGCUGCAUGUGAGACAAAGGUAAAUAAAUCUUAAACGCAUGUAAACGCAGGACCAACUCCACAUUUCCCAUGCAUCUUUUGUGCCGGUCAGCGAUCGCGUCUGUAUUUGUCAUACAGACCCUGUUUAUAGCUGCAGUUCUUAACACUGGUGGUAGACAAUGACCAAAUCUAUUUUGAGAUUUUUCUUUUAUUGGUUUCCCCAAAGGUCGGCUAGGUGUUAAAUAUUACCCGUCGUGUUGCCGUCCAACUGACAAGGUGGCAUACUUUAGGCCCAUGUAAUAUCAGUGUUGUCGAGUGUAGCCUAGCAACUAUAGAAAUCAAUAACCACACCAGAAGUAUACGUCAAUACUGGUUUGACACGUAUAGUGACUAUUGUAUGUAUAGCUGUUUCCCAAGUAGAACUUUCCCAUCAGUGGUUUAUCCAUACACGCAUUGGCUUUUAUAUUGGUCGCAGGAAACUUAGUUUGAGGUCUGCGCAAGUUGAUUUCAAGUCAAAUCAACCGCUGGAGUUUUAUGAUGCUAAUGCUUGUACCAGUUAACUUUUUGGAAGGUGCGUUUUUGAAUUAAUCUCCUUGGGGCGGACAUUGUUUGUUUACUUUGCAUGAGAGGCACUGAGAAGUAGCAUUAGGUAUAUGCAAUUUAACCCUGCCCAAACAGUAGACACUGUUCAAUGCUUUAUGCACUCCCAGAAUCGAAAGCAUCUUAAGCAUUCUUGCCUUAAUAGUAAAUUGAAGUGGGAUUGUACAUAUAUAUCAGGUAUUUAUGGCAAAUCUACCUUUUUAACGUCAGUUUUGUUCCAUGUUACAUCUAGUGUACUGUAUACAGUAUGAGACCAUGUUCAGGGUAAGCGUGUGUGUGUGUUCUUGAGCUUUAUUUUGGGAUGUUAUUUACUGGCACAAGAGUUCUAUAUUCUGUAUGGGAUUGCUUUUAACGAGCAGAGCAACUUUGAGAUAACUGAAAUACCGUCGGUAACAUUUGUAUGUAUGUAUCUAAUGUAAAGGAUGUUUGGGUUUUUUGUGUUUGCACAUCUGCUGCUGUUGAGUGCUCUCAUGUCUCCCAACUGGUAUAUAUGUUAGUCUGCUGUUAAUCUUGGUAGGAAUAUAUAUAUAUAUAUAUAUAUAUAUAUAUAUAUAUAGUCAUUACAUUAAGACGACUACUGUUCUCUUACUGUAAUGACUGCGGUUCACUUAUCUGGUGUUGGCUACUUCCCUGCGUUGUAAGAUCCUAAGAUUGAUGGGCAAUGGAUGCACCUUUUUGUGGUUUGCUCAACUGUAUUUAGCCUUUUUUCUGUAUUUAACUCCUGGGUUAGCUUAUUAUUUUUAUUUGGAUUUAUUUUCAAUCAUUUUGUAGCAUAUGCUGCUUAGGUGCUCCGCGGCAUUAGCGACCAGUCUGUUAGUGAAACGGGCCGAUAUUGCUUAGUGCCGCCACAGCUUAAAGACGGAGGCUUCAAGGUGACUGCUGUACUGCAAGAGGAGUGAACAUACUGGCCAUGCAAGAGAAGAGUGAGGGUCAUUUUAAGUUCUGCAAAAUUCAAGGUCUCUGCUGUAUUGAAUUAAAGAGGGAAAAUAGUCAAUCCAAAUAGGCCAGAAUCAUGGGUGUCUUAAUUUGAGUUAUUAUGCAAUAGCUGGUUUAGUAAUGUUUCCCCAGGUGAAGUCUCCCCGUUUUUGUAACCCUCUCACACACCAAGUGCUUUUGAAACCACAUUUUUCAUUUGUCUACGGUAUUAAUUCCUGCCCCUCCAUUAAAGUACCAUGACAGUUGUCAACAUGAUUAGAGGUCCAAGCAUAUAAUUGUACUGCAUUUGGCCCAUUUUACCAGCAUUUGCACCAUCCGUUAUCUUCUGUCCAUGGCUGUAGUUCACUUCUAUAUAACAACUGACCCAUGUGUCACGUUUACUCCAUGGUGUGUUCAGAUUUUAUUGUAAAUUAAAAUACCCUAUUUAUUCUUGUCUUCUCUGGGGUGUGCUAAUUGAACAAUGUGCACUGUAGACUUUUGACCAGGAUUACAUUCCCUGGGAAUAAAAGUUGAAGAGUGACUGAGUGUA